AUGCUCACCCGCCGCUUUGACUACGGCGGCUGGGUGGUGGCCUGCCUGGCCCUGGGCCUCCUGCAGACCCUGCUCUGGCUGCGCUGGGCAUGGUGGACGCGGGAGGGCGCCACCCACCCAAGCCGCCGGUCGCUGCUGGUCUUCAUUGCCAGCCUGAAUGCAGCUAGCCUGCUGGAGGUGCUGGACUUUCCCCCACUCCUCUGGCACACCCUGGACGCACACGCCGUCUGGCACCUGGCCACCAUCCCGCUGUGGGCGCUGUGGUACCGGUUUGUGCUGCUGGAUUUGCAGGCUGGACAGGUGAUGUGGUCACUACCCCUCGAUAGUGCAGGGGAGGACAAGGAAUUGUAG